UGAUGUGCAUGUUGCGUCUCUUGAGACACUUUUCGGCUUCCGUAACAAUUCACAUGUGACAGCGAAGGUCAGCUUCCAAUAUGGCUGCUUGCACAAGAAGGCUUGACAAAGUUAUGUUUUCAAUAAGGCUGUUACGGAAUAUACAACAGCAAAAUGAACGUUUCUUGUCCACGUCUAUGCGUCGCCUCGACGAGGGGAGUGACGGUGGCAAGCCAACAAAAUUCACACCUCCACCAAAACCUGUCAUAAUUGACAAAACACAGUCCGAGGCUUCACUGCGAAAGUUCCUGAGUCCAGAAUUCAUCCCUCCCCGACAGAGAAUAAACCCACUGAAGUUCGCCAUUGAGCGCAAAGACAUGAUCCAGAGGAGGAAAGUGCUCAACAUUCCGGAGUUUUAUGUUGGGAGUGUCUUAGCUGUGACCAUGGCGGACCCUCAUGCCAGCGGCAAAACCAACCGCUUUAUGGGCAUCUGCAUCCAGAGAGGUGGCCAUGGACUGGGAGCCACAUUUGUCCUUAGGAAUAUCAUCGACGGCCAAGGAGUUGAGAUCUGCUAUGAAAUGUAUAGCCCACGACUGCAGCAGCUGGAGGUGCUGAAGCUGGAGAAAAGGCUGGACAACAAUCUGAUGUACCUGAGAGAUGCCCUGCCCGAGUACAGCACCGUGAACUUGGACAUGAAGCCUGUGCCCCACUCUGUCACCGGGGACGUGCCCGUCAAUAAAACCAGAGUGCGGAUGCGUCCUAAGCCGUGGUCCAAGCGCUGGGAGCGGCCCAAGUACAACGUGCAGGGCAUCCGCUUCGACCUGUGUCUGUCGCCCGAGAAGCUGGAGCAUGCCCAGAAGUGGGCGGAGCCCUGGCGGGAGUAUGACAUGCUGAAAGAGUACGACACCACGGCCCUGGAGGAGCGCUUCCUUAAGGAGGUGCAGACGGAGAUGAGCAAGUCAACAUGCCCCUAACCAUCUCUCAACCAGGGGUGGGUACUUCCAGUAAGAGGGUGGGUAGUUCAAUAAGCGGGUGAGCAGCUCCAGUAAGCGGGUGGGUAGCUCCAGUAAGCGGGAGGGUAGCUCCAGUAAGCGGGUGGGUAGCUCCAGUAAGCGGGUGGGUAGCUCCAGUAAGCGGGAGGGUAGC